CCGGACGGACCGGGGCUCGGGUCACGUGGGGCACGUGUUGACUUCCUCGACAGGCCAGAGGCGGGGCUUCGGGAGUUCCCGGCGGCGGCGGAGGGUGAUUGUGUGGUGGGGCUCGGCGGCCAUGGGAUCCCGAGGGGGCCCGGGCGGAGACGGCGACGGCCGGCGGUGUCUGUCCGCCGGGGUGACCGCACACCACUGACUCGCCCGGCCCGAGCAGGGCCUGGACAGCUGUCAUGGAGGAGUUGGUGGAGGAUGACAUCUGUAUUUUGAACCAUGAAAAAGCAGACAACACUCAUAAGAGAGAUGGGGAGAUUCCUGUUUCAUCUUAUAGCGGAGACGAAUCUGUUGCCUCACACUUUGCACUUGUCACUGCAUAUGAAGAUAUCAAGAAAAGACUAAAGGAGACAGAGAAGGAGAACUCCUCCUUAAAAAGAAGAGUGAGAAUUCUAGAAGAGAAGCUGCUUGGUUCCCGACUGGAAGAGGAAUGCAGUUCAGUUGGACGUGAACAAGUAAAUAAGGCAUACCAAGCCUAUCGAGAGGCCUGCAUUGACAGAGAUAAUCUGAAAAGCAAGCUGGAUAAAAUGGCGAAAGAAUGUUCAGAAUCCUUGAAAACCUUGAAUGAACAGUUGCAGUCUAAAGAAGUAGAGCUGUUACAGCUAAGAACUGAAGUGGAAACUCAACAAGUGAUGAAAAAUCUGAAUUGUACUCACUCCAACUGGGAAAUAGAGAAGCUGAACAGUGACCUGAAAGUGCAUAGUCUGGAACAGGAUCUAGAAAAGCUCAAGCAAGAGUACAACAGUCUCAGAAAGGAGUUGCAAAACUCCAAGCAGAAGGACCAGGCCCAAAGUGAAAGUCCCUUAAAUGGAGAUGUCCUUCGAAGGCAAGACAUCCAAAGCGUGCAACAAGCGUAUUGGGAACUGAAGAGAGAAAUGUCCAAUUUGCGCCUAGUGGCUGAUGUGCAAGCUGAGGUCCUACGAACACUGAAAACAAACCCAGCAGCGACCAAGAAAGCUGCCUCUACUGCACCAGUGCAAUGUGUUGACUUGAACAUUUCAAAGCUGAAUUUGACAUCUGGGGUUGUCCAUAGAAAACUCUCACUGAAUGAUCAAGUACUCUGCAAUGCUGUGUCUCCCCCUCUUCCAAGAGAUGGACAAAUCCCACCUGAAAGGGUGAUUCUACAAGCAUGGACAGAUGAGAGACCCAUUCCAAUGGAUGGCAAAACAUUUCAGGAACAGCAUUCGUAUGGAAAGAGCUCUCUGGAAGAUAAUUCCUGGGUAUUCCCAAGUCCUCCAAAGCCUAAUGAGAAUGUGUUUUGGGAAAUGAAAAAUAGAUCAACUUUGCUAAACUCUCCAGCAGAUUACCUAGAUCAGUGUAAUCAAAACUGUCUGCACAAGAGUUAAAGAAGUUCUAGAAUGAACCAAGGCAUUUUUAGAAUGGUUCUGAACAGGCACCUUAACACUUGAACUUUUAAAGGGGGAAAACAAACUGCCUGAAAUGGUCUUCUUUUCUUUUUUUUAGUUCUAGUUCCGAAACAGAAAGCCUUGUCUUCCUCUGCUGUAAAUCAGAAACAAGUUCCUUGAAGUUAAAGCUGUGCUGGCGUAAUGUAAAUAGAAUGAGCGUGGGGCUUGGAUAGCCUUGUACUGCAAAUGGCAUAUAUUUGCAAAAGAUGAUGCUGAGAAGUGAGUUCUUGGAAUAAAACAGAACAAUCCAGUUCCGUAUUUGUUUGCUAUUUGUAUGUCAUCAAGAAAAUAUUUGGUAUCCUGUGUUAAUCUUGUGGCAGCUCUGAGCUGAUUUUUUUGACAGUGGUUUAUUUUCCAGAGUAAGAUACAAAAUGAGAAUUGGAUUUUCUCUCCCUCCUUCCUUUCAAUUCACUUCCUGUUUUCUCUGGUUUAGAAAUGCAUUUUUGUGUAAUUUUUAACCAAGAAAGGUGAGAUUUUAUUCUUCAACAUCUUGAUUUAUAUCAGUGACAAGACUAAAACCACUCCUAGGCUGUUCUGUUUAGACGGCACUGUUUGGGGCUUUAUUGUGAAUUACAAAGGAUUGUAAGUAGUGCUGCUGCAGACUGACUCCUGCUGUUCAGCCCGUAUUCCUCCGUUUGGGCUGUAGGAAGGUGACUAAUUCUGCACACCCAGUGCCUGCCACAGAACCACCUUGUUCGUAGUGCAGUCAUCCUUAUUGUGCCUCCUUUACACAGCACUGGAACCAGGACUUUGUGUGGUGGUGAAGGCUACUAAGUUGCUUUUUAUUAAAGAAACAAAGCCUUAAUUUAACAGGAGUAGGUGUUGCAGUGUUGAAAUACACAGUAAGUAUUUUUGUGGUAUCAUCUUUAGUAUGACACUGAGAACUAUGGAUGUCUAAGUACUGGUGUUCUUUUUCUCCUCCUGAGCCCAAGAGCUAUUAUUAGGCAAAUAGAAUUUAUGCCUUUUUUAAAAAAGAAACCUGUUCUGCUUCAUAUGUGGCUUAUUACAGCAUGGUUAAGUGAAAUGUCUUGACUGCUCAAUGCGUUUGUAUUAGAUCCAUGAUGCAGAGCUUGUACUGGGCGGGAAGAUACUUCAUGCUCAGUGUGUUAUUUACAGAUGUGUGGUUGGCUGGGUGAAGUAUUCCACCUCAGAGGUCCAGCUUAAGAUCAGCGUAAUAAAAAUUAAUGUCACAGCUGUUUAGUAGCAAAUUAUCUUUAAAUCGCUUGCAGAUGCACAGGGAAGCUACAACUGCAGCACAGCGAUAGUAAUGAUGGGCUGUAAAAGUGUCACUGAGGUGCUACAUGACCUGUGUGGUUCCAGAUGCUUUCUUCCCUGUGAAGUAAGUACUUCAUAUGAAGCCCAUCAUCUUCUCUUUCAGUUUGUCUCUCAAAGUUGAAAAAUGCCUUCCAGGUACCUUCUACUAUAUUAGUGUGCAGGAUACAUAAAUCAUGUUUCCCACUCACCAGAUAUUGUUUUUAUCUUUCUAUUAUCUUGCUCAUGUCUACUGGCUUGUCUGUGAUUAAUGGAAAUGGUGUCAUGCUGGAAUUUAUUCUGACCAAUGAACACAGCUGACUCAGGGGAGUACAAUCUCUUGGAAAGUAAUAGAACAAAACCCAAUAUGCAUAAAACAAAUCGAAGUCACUAGGCUUGAGCUGAUAGAACCAACUACCUGUGUAAUAACAAAGCAGCAGAAACCAUUUCUUGUGUGGCUGCAUAAAGCUAUAAGGUAUCUAGUUCUCAUGUAGCUUACUUUUGAGGUUCCCCACCUCAACAUUACAGAGUUUUAUUAUGUAUUAUCCAACAGCCAUCAACAUGACUGAUUAAUACUUUGAUUUGUGCAAUGAAGGAAUU